AGCCUGGAAAAUGCCUUUUUAGACACCAUAGGAACAAACCAUACUUGGUCAGUCAGUCCACCCACAGUUUGCAACGGGAUGUUUCUGUUUAAAUAAACGUGGUGUGGGGUGGCGUGGCGUGGGCUCCAUGGUGAAGAAAUCAGCGGGGGAGAGUCCGGUCGAGAUCUGGGUGCUUGCCAACGUGGCAGUAAUUGAUGGAUGCAUUCUAUGAGUGACCAAAGGGUGCAUGUUUGUCUUGGGAUGGAUUUAGAAGAUGCUUUUCAAGUUGUGGGAGAAUUUGGAAUAUGCCAGAAACGGAUGGUCGCGGUGUUAAUUUUACUUCAGGUUUAUAUGGCUUUCCAGUCGAUGCUUAUAGUGCUUGUCGGGGCGGUACCGGAUUACCACAUUGAUAAAAGCGUGCAUCCCAGUAGCACCGAGGAGGAACUCUUCAAACACAUAAACUUCACCGAAAACCUCAGUUCUAUUGUUACAGAGUGGUUCCUGGUAAAACAACAGGCUUACAAGGUGAGCUUAGCCGGCUCCCUGUUUUUCGCUGGUGUCCUGCUCGGGAAUGUGCUUUUUGGGCCUCUUUCAGACAAAAUUGGGAGAAAGCCAGUGUUAAUUGCAGGCCUGUUCUUUGAGGUGCUCUUCGGCUACGCCACUGCUUUUGCGCCCAGUUAUGAAAUGUUUGCUCUCUCUCGCCUCCUGGUGGGGAUGAUGAACGGUGGCAUGGCGCUGGUGUGUUUUGUGCUCAGCCAAGAAUACGUGGGAAAGUCCUACUGGGCAAUGACAGGAACUUUGACCAAUAUGAUGUUUGCAGUAGGAAUCGCACUCUUUGCAGGCCUCGGUUACUAUGUGAGGCAGUGGCGCACCCUAGCAACAGCAGCGAACUCGCCUGGUGUGCUGUUUUUCCUUCUUUCAUGGAACUUUCCGGAGUCUCCCCGCUGGCUGUACUCGCAGGGCCAUUCGGAGCAGGCCGAGCAGGUGCUGCUGUACCUGGCCCAGCAGAACGGUCGGGACCGGGUCUACGUGAAGCUGAAGCAGAAGACCGGCUCGGCUCAGUCCAGCAACCCCAGGCCUGGGCUCCUGAACUUGGUCACUCACCCCGCCCUCCGAUGGAGGACAGUGAUCCUCAUGUAUGUGUGGUAUGCCUGUAGUUUGGUGUAUUACGGGCUGACGAUGAACGCUGGUGGAGGCACAGGAAAUCGAUACCUCACCGUGGCCAUGUACGGGCUGGUGGAGCUUCCUGCUUACCCGCUGUGCAUCUACUUCAUUAACAAACCCUGGGCUGGAAGGCGCAAAACCAUGGCAACCUUCCUUGGUCUUGCAGGGCUCUCCUGUUUGUUUACAAUGCUGAUACCAGCCCAUACAGGCUCGAGGUUCAACAGCACAACUUUAGCUUUGCUAGGAAAACUGAUGGUUAGCGCGGCCUUCAACAUCGUGUACGUUUACACGUCCGAGCAGUAUCCCACGGUGAUUCGGAACGCUGGACUUGGAGUCUGUUCGAUGGCAUGCCGAAUUGGAGGAAUUCUAGCGCCAUUUGUACCUUCUAUGAGAGCGCUGCACCAGUCCAUGCCCUUCGUGGUGUUUGGCCUGAGUGGGAUCUCCGCUGGGUGCCUGAGUCUGCUGCUCCAGGAAACGCUCAACAGACCAAUCGCCGAGACCCUGGAGGAGCUGCACAACCCCGUCUACCAUCGUGUGCUGGACAGACAGGUUUCCCUGUUUGAAGAGGACGAGGCCAAACAGAAACUUCUGCAGUGACACGGACUUGCUUACGACUAAUGUAUAAAAGGACUGAUCUAAGAAAUUGAUAUAGGGAAAGAUACUAUAGAGAGGAGUAAGCCAUCUAACUGUGGACAGCUUUUUACACGUCUUCUCUCAAACUCUUUACCACAGUGGUCUUCUACGUUCUCGCUGAACACCGAAGGUCUUGAUUGGCUGGAAGAAUUGGACAAUGGUGAUGGCACCGGUGGUUGCCGUAGGAACAGUCCUCACAUUCCAAAAUCUUUGUCCCCAUUUAUUCCAUGUUAUGUGGAUGUUUCCGACCGUCUUGCCUUUUCAGCCAAGUUAAACGUCUUUGUCUUCAUCACGUGCCUUAUGCGGAUCAAACGACAUCAACACCGAUGUUUUUACUGCCGAGAAAUUCACUUAAAUAAUCUAUUUUGAAUAGGAUACAAUUUCAUACUUCGUUUCAUACCAAAAGUACCAAUCGAUGUUACACGGGACCAAACCCUCGACUACUGCCAAAGUGAAGAUCCUCUUCCUCCAUCUGUAAAUCUGUUAAGGGUAAACAUGUAAUUCAGUCUAUUUUUCAUGUUACGUUGGGUUUUUUUAUUUUUAUUUGGUCUGCUGGUCAGAACAAAUGCUGCUAAUAAAGGUCUGAAAGACAUUUCAAUCUCCGCCAUUUUGAAUGGAAAAGGUUCGAGGACCUGGAUAAGCUGGUUAACAGUAGAACAGAGCUGAGAGGAAGAGGGAAAGUGUGUCAUUUCAUUUCGGUGUGUUUGUCCCUGAGAGCAUCAUCACAGGGUUCUGUCUGUUACACGUGUGUUCAUAUCCGUUUACUGAAAGCAGUCGUUGCUUUGUUGUGUGCUGUUGAACGUGAUGAGGGAACAAUAAACUGCUGUCAACGA